UCUUUCCCAGCCUUUCCUCAAGCCAACUCCAUCCACCAUUGGCACUUUGCAGGAUCUCACGGACCACAAGUGACCGGCAGCCAUGAAGAUCCUCUACCUGCUCUUCGCUGUUUUCCUCCUCAUCUUCCAGGCAACUUCAGGUUCUGCAGAUCCCCUUUUUCCUGACACUGCAGAGUGCAGGGGCCGGGGAAAAUUCUGCCAUGCCGGGCAGUGCCCACCCACCUUCACUGCCUCGGGGACCUGCCACAACGGGGUGCUGAACUGCUGCUCCAAGUAA